GAUGUUGUGAAGCAGGUUGUAACUGACUCGUCCAUCGAGCUCGGAGACGAGCACACACACAUUUCGCAUCAUUAGCUAUGCUGCACACCAGUAAAACAAAGGAGUAAGCCGGUUAAAAAAUAAAAAAAAUUCUCCUAUUUAUAGUUUGAAACAGUAAAGUGUAGCGUUGUGGCCCCCGGGCUGCAUGUAGAGCAGGCUGGCCGGACUCGCGUCUCCGUGAGCGGGGAGGAACCUCACUCCAGGCCGGCGGCUGGCCCGGGCCUUGCGGAGCGGCUAGCGGAGCGGCUAACUGGCUGACAGCAGCAGGUCUAUCUUUCUUGAACCACCAUAAUGAUGUUUAAGGAGCUGUGUUUCAGUUAAACUCCAGUUGGGAUGGAAAUACAUCAUUGAUUUGAGGGAACAGUUAUCCUGGAUGCCUUGACAAAGAGGACGUGGUCAUUUCACGAUGGAGAAAAAGAAAAUGUGCCCACGCCUUCUCGACUACUUGGUGGUGGUCGGAGCAAGGCAACCAAGUAGUGACAGUGUGGCCCAGACCCCUCAGCUGCUCCGCCGUUAUCCAUUGGAAGACCAUCCGGACUUUCCCCUCCCACCAGACGUGGUGUUCUUCUGCCAACCGGAGGGCUGCCUGAGUAUACGACAGCGCAGGGUUAGCCUACGUGACGACUCCUCAUUUGUUUUCACAUUGACGGACAAGGACUCAGGAAUCACUCGUUAUGGAAUUUGUGUCAACUUCUAUCGAUCUUUUCUACGUGGACAUCACCGUACCAGAGACAAGAGCAGUCACCCAGAAACAACAGCACAGGCAGCCGAGACCACUAGUGAAGUGUCUGAUGGCAGCAGUGGAGGUUCAACCACUGUGUCAUCUGCACUUAACAACACUGGAUCCGCACAUCCACCUGCUUCCGGUGAAGAGUGUGGGCAACCAGGGGACGAGCCAAACUCUGGCAAAUCCCCACAGCACAGACGGAGUGCUGCUAAGGUGGCAGCCAGGAACCGCAACAGCACACUGACCUCACUGUGCAUACUCAGCCACUACCCAUUCUUAUCCACCUUUAGGGAAUGCUUAUAUGUUCUUAAGAGGCUGGUGGACUGUUGCAGUCAGAGGCUAACUCAACGAGCUGGGCUCCCACGUGCCACCCAAAGGGAUACCAUGUGGCGGGUAUUUACAGGUGCAUUAUCAGUGGAAGAGAAAGGCAGCCAGCUGCUUGCCGACCUACGGGAAAUUGAAUCCUGGGUGUACAGGUUGCUGCGUUCACCAGUGGCAGUGCCCGGCCAGAGACGUGUGGAUGUGGAGUUGCUGCCCCAUGAACUAAAACGGUCCCUUACCUUUGCGCUGCCUGACAACUCUCGCUUCUCUUUGGUCGACUUCCCCCUCCACUUGCCUUUGGAGCUACUGGGUGUGGAUGCCUGUCUUCAGGUCCUCAGCUGCGUACUGCUAGAGCACAAGGUCAUUCUUCAAUCCAGGGAUUACAAUGCUUUGUCUAUGAGUGUGAUGGCCUUUGUGGCCAUGAUCUACCCACUAGAGUACAUGUUUCCCGUCAUCCCCCUGCUACCAACAUGUAUGGCUUCUGCUGAACAACUUCUCCUUGCUCCCACUCCCUACAUCAUUGGUGUACCAGCCAGCUUCUUCCUCUAUAAAGCAGAUUUUAAAAUGCCAGAUGAUGUUUGGCUUGUUGACCUUGACAGCAGCAAGGUUAUAGCACCUACCAAUGCAGAGGUUCUGCCUCCUCUUCCAGAACCUGAAGCAGGCGAGCUUAAGAAACAUUUAAAACAGUGUCUGGUUAGGUUGACCGUGAUCACCCAAAAGCAGAUCUUCUCCUCUGAAAAUAAGGCCUUGGCCAGUAUGAGCUUGAACACCCAACCCAUUCUGAACCUGGAGAAGUUCCAGGAAGGCCAGGACAUGCCCCUGCUCCCACCUGGUAGAGACAAAGCUUCUCCGUCAUCCACGGAGUUCAACCCUCUAAUUUACGGCAAUGACGUUGAUUCUGUGGAUGUAGCCACCAGGGUUGCCAUGGUGCGGUUCUUCAACUCCCCAAACGUUCUCCAGGGCUUCCAGAUGCACACUCGCACCUUGCGCCUCUUUCCCAGACCGGUGGUUGCUUUUCAGUCAUCGUCUUUCCUUGCUUCUAGGCCACGUCGCUCUAGCUUUGCAGAUAAACUUUCACACACCCAGGCAGUGGAGUUCUAUGGAGAAUGGGCUCUCAAUCCCGGCAACCUUGCUUUUCAGAGGAUACAUAACAAUGUGUUUGAUCCCUCUUUAAUUGGAGACAAGCCUAAGUGGUAUGCACACCAACUCCAGCCAGUAGUCUACAGAGUCUAUGAUGGAAGUUCCCAGCUGGUUGAGGCUAUGGCUGGUCCCUUAGAAGAUGAUGGAAAUGAAUCUGACCCCACAGAUAGCGGUAGUGACAGUGAGGGAUGUGAUGACUCUAGCUCAUCUUACUCCUCACUUGGAGAUCUAGUGAGUGAGAUGAUUCAAGGUGACAUCCAGGGAGACACACCAAACGUGGGUCCACCCACCCAUGCUGCACUGGGAGAUGCCAGUGAGGUUGAGUUUCAAGACCUCCAAGCCUUACGGGAGCAUAGCGGAGCGGAGGGUCCUCCCAGUGGAGAUGGAACUGCUGAACCCUCUGAUGGCCAGCCUCUUCGCUCAAGCUCCAGCACAACUGCAAGCUCAAGCCCCAGCACAAUCAUCCAGGGAGUCAGUCAUGAACAAGGGGAACCUGAAAUUGAAGCAUCAGCCAGUGCUGCUUUACAGAACCCUGUUCCUGGACUGGGAAGUCAGCCAUUCCUCAGACCUGCAGUUGAUGCUGGUCUGGUGGACCCAGCCAACAAAAAGCAAGAGUACGACAACCCAUACUUUGAGCCUCAGUAUGGCUUCCCCUCUGAGGAUGACCCUGAUGCAGAAGAGCAAGUGGAAUCAUACACCCCUCGAUUCAACCAGAACCUCAAUGGCAACAAAACACAAAGGCCUUUACGUCCCAGUAGCCUAAGACUUCCAGGAGAGUCUGACGGGGAAGGAGAUUCUCGCAACAGCUCACCAAACUCCACUAUUUCCAACAGCAGUAACGAUGGAUUUGGAGGACUCAUGUCAUUUGCCAGCAAUCUUUAUAAGAACCAUGGUUCCAGUUUCAGUCUGUCAAAUCUUGCCCUUCCCAAUAAGGCUGCGAGGGAGAAAUCAACACCGUUCCCUAGUCUGAAAGAAUAUUUUAAUUUUGAUGUUGAGGAGGAAAUGGAGGAAGCAGAUGACCCUGACAGCCCUGUAUUUGGGCUAAAUUCUCUAAUGGAGAUAAUUACAGAGGCCGGCCCGGGGAGCGGAGAAGGGGCACGUGCACCUCGAGCACUUGUGGACCAGAAGUCUUCAGUAAUAAAACACAGCCCAACAGUGAAGAGAGAAUCGCCCUCACCUCAGGGUCGAAUCAACAAUACAAGUGAGAACCAGCAGUUCUUGAAAGAAGUGGUACAGAGUGUUCUGGAUGGACAGGGAGUCGGCUGGCUCAACAUGAAAAAAGUGCGCCGCCUGCUGGAGAAUGAGCAGCUUCGCGGUUUCGUGUUGAGUAAACUCAACAGAGCUAUUCAGUCAGAGGAAGAUGCCCGACAGGAGAUCAUACGUGAUGUGGAGGUGAGCAGAAAGGUUUACAAAGGCAUGCUGGACAUCUUGAAGUGCACAGUUUCCAGUCUGGAGCACACUUACACUAAUGCAGGCCUGGGAGGAAUGGCCAGUGUCUUCAGCCUACUGGAAAUUGCACGCACACAUUAUCAAACCAAAGACCCAGAAAAACGCAAGCGAAGCCCCACGGACAGUGCUGGCAGCCCAGGGAGUAAAGAGAGUCCUUCUGGUCGUAUGGAGACUGCCAGACCUCAGGGCCUCCUGAAUAUCCCCCACCUGCAUCUGCCUCACCACACCACGGGCAAAGGAGCCCAUCAUUUUGAUACCCGGAGUCUGAAUGAGGAGAACUUUAUUGCCUCGAUUGAAUUGUGGAGCAAGCACCAGGAUAAGCAAAAAGCUAUGGAAAAACCACAGAGUUCUGAAGUAGCAAAGCAGCAGCGCUCGCAGGUGACUGAUGCAGAGGAGAAAAAGUCCCAGAUCAGUGCGGACAGUGGCCUCAGUGUGGCGUCUGGAUCUCAGAAGAGUGACACAGAGUCCGUUACGAGCUCAGAACCACCGGUCCUGAUGAGAAGCACCAGCCAGGACUCGGAGGCUAGCACAGUGAUAAGCAACAGCUCUGGAGAGACUCUCGGAGCUGACAGUGAUCUGAGCAGUACGGCGGGAGAAGGAUUCGGAGGGAGAAUUGCUCCUCAUUUGACUCAGUCCAGAGGAACGCUGUCAGACAGUGAGAUUGAAACCAAUCCUGCCACGAGCACAGUCUUUGGAAAGACCCACACACUGAAACCAGGUGUAAAGGACCAUGUUCCUGCUUUGGCGAAGGGGGUUCCCGCACAGCCCAUGGAGGACCUGAGUAUGAGGAUUUACCUUUGUGAAGGCCUGCUGGGGCGCGAUAAGAGCUCCGUUUGGGAUCAACUAGAGGAUGCUGCCAUGGAAACCUUUUCUCUAAGUAAGGAGCGCUCCACACUCUGGGAUCAGGUGCAGUUCUGGGAGGACGUCUUCUUAGAUGCUGUGAUGUUGGAACGUGAGGGCAUGGGGAUGGACCAGGGACCUCAGGAGAUGAUCGAAAGGUACAAAUCCCUGGGUGAGCAUGACCGGAAACGUCUGGAGGAUGAUGAAGACAGACUUCUGGGAACCCUGCUGCAUAACAUGAUUGCUUACAUGUUAAUGAUGAAAGUAACCAAAAACGACAUAAAGAAAAAAGUGAGGCGCUUGAUGGGCAAGUCCCACAUUGGCCUCGCAUACAGCCAAGAGAUCAACGAGAUACUGGACAAACUGGCUAAUAUGAAUGGCCGUGAGCUGUCCAUCAGGCCCAGUGGAAGCCGUCACAUCAAGAAGCAAACGUUUGUCGUCCAUGCUGGUACUGAUACCACAGGAGACAUCUUUUUUAUGGAGGUGUGUGACGACUGUAUAGUCCUGCGCAGCAACAUCGGUACCGUUUACGAGCGCUGGUGGUACGAGAAGCUCAUCAACAUGACUUACUGCCCCAAGACCAAGGUGUUGUGUCUCUGGAGACGCAAUGGCCAAGAAACACAGCUCAACAAGUUCUAUACCAAAAAGUGUCGUGAACUCUACUACUGUGUUAAAGACAGCAUGGAAAGAGCUGCAGCAAGACAGCAAAGCAUUAAACCAGGUCCGGAGCUGGGCGGAGAGUUCCCGGUCCAGGACAUGAAGACUGGAGAAGGUGGUCUGCUCCAGGUCACACUGGAAGGAAUCAACCUGAAAUUCAUGCACAGCCAGGUUUUCAUAGAGCUGAGUCACAUUAAAAAGUGCAAUACAGUGAAGGGAGUCUUUGUCCUGGAGGAAUUUGUUCCUGAAACUAAAGAAGUGGUGAUCCACAAGUACAAGACCCCCAUGGCACAUCAGAUCUGUUACUCGGUCCUCUGUCUCUUCUCGUACGUGGCGGCAGUGAAGGGGAAGGAGGCGGAAGGAAAACCCAAGAUGUUGUCACCGAGACCGCUUCCAAGCUAGUCAUCACCCUGAGCUUUCUAUUCCUUUCUCUUUCCCUCCUUCAGUGUGCCUCAACUUGAAACAGCAUCUCAGCUCCUAAGCCGGACUUUCGACAAUCCCUGACUUUAAAUCUAAGCACACACACUUCUGCUCUCUCUCCUUCUGUAUAUAUAAGCUGAAAACCUCUUUCGUUCCAGUUGUGUAGACAUGUUUGGUCUGUGAUGAUGUGUAAAUACUUCACCCCCCUCCCCCACUGCUGUUGUCCCGAUGUUCGCUCCGGCUUGUUCAAUGUUUGCAGCUCUUUACCUUGGGAGAAGUGACUCCCCUCAGGCGCGUCUGCUUUGCGAGUCUCCUAUUGUUCCAGCUGACAGGAACUGCUGUUUUUACCAACGUGAGAUGUGCGGAUUCCCCCCGCGGCAGAGUGCAUGCAGGUCCCGUGCACAGCCUUGACAUUUACCGCCCCGUCCCCGUCCCCGUCUCCAUCCAACUGCGUGUUGUUCUGUGAUAUGUGGUCACUGUAAAGUUCAGUCUAAGUCCAAGUUUAAACCGGUGAAACAUCCAGAGACCCUCUUAUAGUGCAGGAUGUUUCCAUCCUGGAAAAGCUGUCGUAUACUGCACCGGAGCAACGCAUGUAAACGCUUCUUAAUGGUGUGUGAACCCUAAAAUACUGUGAGUGUUCUCAGAUGUUCUCUCGCCCUCGACCGGCCCGCCAGGCUGAAUUACUGUUCUAGUUCUACUGUAAGAGUUCUCGUCUGUGGUCUGCUGUUAUUAAAUGCAUGUUACUAUGAGGAAGAAAAAUAAAUAUUAUAUAUAUAUAUAUUUCUAUAUAUAGUAUUUAUUUAAUAUAUACAUAUAUGAACUGUAGAUUUGUCCAAAAUGUUAAUUUGCUAGAUGUGCAAUACUUAAGUAGUUAGCCACUGCUAGGGCCAGGUUAACGUAACCGACUUAACUGGCUUUCACAGGGUGAAGAAUGUACUUUUUUUUUAUUUUUAUUUUUUUUAUUGUUUUUUUUUUUAUUAUUGCAGUGUUUAUUGAUGACUCUGAUAUUGGUGUGACAUGACUGUUCAAAGUGUCCUCUAAAGGGAUCGGUCCAUUACGCGAGACAAAACAGAUGGUGGUCAUCUUGUAUUUAAGCCCCGCCCCCAUCGCUCACGUCAGGGCAGGUGUUUUCAGACAGCAGGCGCUACAGAUGCUCUGGAAAAAUAAGUCGUCAUUUCCUUAUUGUUUUCCAUCUGCGGGCAGCGUCAAAUACAUCCACGAUUGAGCACGAGUCUUUAUUUGUGCUCAGUUUAGAGGACGCUCGAGCCGCUGCCGUCAUAUUUGUGUAUAUUAUCAAUUUUGCAUCCAAACAAUAGCAAACAUUCCUGCCAGACUUGCCGCAUCUAAACAUUGAUAGAUGUGUGGGCUAUAGCUGCGUUCAUUUGAUUGAUUUUUUUGCUUGUUUGUUUUAAGAGCCAGAUAAGUCAGGACUACUGUAUGUUAAUCAGUCUGGCUUUAAUGAUUAGAUGAACAUAACUACUGACACCGGAAGUCACGACCUGAAUGAUAUACUGGCAGUUUGAUCAAUAACAGCAACACGGCAGAGGAAAUGGUGAAUCUGCAAACUGUCUUAUCUUCCUCUACUUAAACCUCUGAGGACGGCAUGUUAAAUCCCCCGGUACAUGACACGACCAGCUGCUGGUAAUGUCCUAAAAUUUCUAGACUCCCUCCACCAGUCAGAAAAGUGACCUAGAACGACCUCCAUGCAGGUUUUACUUUCCUCUCAGCGUUUGAAAAGGCUCAAUGCUGCGGUGGAGUCGAGUUCUGUCCCAGAACAUUAGGUCAUCUUGGAAGAAGAUAAACAAGCAAAAACACAGAUGGAGAAUCUCAGCUCCCUGCAGAAAACACCUGCUUUUACAUGGUUGCUUACUUUGUCGGGGGUGUGGAGACUAAAAUAAAACCACUGGAGUGAGAUAGUUUUCUGUCCCGUGAUUGACCUGUCAGAUGUGUUGAAGCCAACCCUAGUCCUCACCUCCAGUAGGUCGUAGUGGAGGGAAAACAGAAGCUGAAUCCGCACCCAUCAACUUAAACUGUAAGAGUGUGUGUGUGUACGUGUGUACGUGUGUAGUUGUACUUUUUCUCCAGAUCAGCAAUAUAUUGGUAGAGCUAUAUCAUUGGAAGAGGUUUAUUUUGAUCCUGACAUGCUUGUAUUUUUAGUAGUUCAUCUGUGUAAGGAAAGGAAGAUGGUGUUUCAUAAACGCAGAACUCCACCUGAAGCACCUCUGGAACUGAUCUGGGAAUCUUUGCUCAAGUUAAAAAGGACCUUUUGUUUGCUUUCUUAACUGGAAUAUUACACAUCCCUUCAGUCACUGUACCUGAAUGGCUGCUGUUAAGAGAAAGGAAAAAAAAAAAGAUGCCAGGCAGAAGUAUUCCAGUAACUGAAAAUAUUUAUAGAACAUGUACAGCUUUGGCAAUAUAAUAAAGUUGUCCCAGAUGAAGCUAUUUGUCUUUAUUGUAUUUUUAUGAAAGAAAAUGUACUGUAUGAAGUGGAACAAGAAUGAAAAGCUUUGAAAAUGUAUUCCAACAAGUGGUGUGAAACACGUUCUCAGAAUGAAAGUUUACAUUCAAGUUUUGAGUCCACACCGAAACUCAAACAUAUUAAAGUGU